CCAAAUAAGCAAGAUUCAUAUUUCCCAUAUGCCCAAUGGCAAAUCGGCAGCACUAGCUAAGUUCUUCGAAGCCUUUGAGGAAGGCAAAUGGCAUUCACAAGUAUGAUAAUACGAUCAGGAUCAUCAUGGCUGCUUCCUCACCCAUUUGGCUUUGGCCUACCAGAGCCAAAAGUGGGUCCCACUCCCAUGAAUGUGGUCACGACCGCUGCUUCUCUGCGCCUCGGUCACCUCCUCCGUCGUGGCUUCAAUUCCUACUUUCAGAAACUGGGUAGUCUCGAUCGUGGUCCCAGAUUGAGGGAUUCUUUGCAAUCUGCAAGUUGGGCUUGUUUUUGCUUGUUUGGGGAGGGAGAAAAUGGAGAGGAUCUGGUGGGAAACCAAGGGAUGGCUAAUAAGUCCAAGAUGUCUAAUCCAAGUCCCUUCAAUGAGAGGCGAUGGACCAAUGUACUUCUUGCACUUAAUGUUGUAAUUUAUAUAGCACAGGUUGCAACACAAGGGAGGCUAAUGUUCUGGGGAGCUAAGAUAAAUGAUUUGGUGGAGGAAGGACAACUUUGGAGGCUGGUGACCUCUGCCUUUUUGCAUGCAAACAUUGGACACCUUUUGGUCAACUGCUAUUCUUUAAACGCUGUUGGGCCUUCUGUCGAGAAAAUCAGCGGCCCUGGGAGAUAUCUUGCCGUGUAUUUUGCCUCUGCAAUUGCAAGUUCAACAAUGAGUUAUUUGUUCAGCAAGGAUGCGGCAGUUGGUGCGUCAGGAGCAAUCUUUGGACUAGUUGGAUCCAUGGCUGUGUUUGUAAUGAGACAUAGAGGCCAGGCUGGAGGUGGAAAAAGAGAGCUACAGCACAUAGUGAACGUGAUUGCGCUGAAUAUGGUUAUGGGACUGUUAUCUGAAGGCAUUGAUAACUGGGGACAUUUGGGAGGCCUGCUUGGUGGAGCUGCGGCAUCAUGGCUUCUCGGGCCUGCGUGGGGCUAUGAAUCUCCAUCCCCCGAUGGUCGGAGAAUCUUUUCUGACAGAGCUCCAAUUUUCUACCUGAUCAAUUGGAACAAGAGAUCCUAACGCCUAAGUAUUUCCUUGUAUUGCUGUUUGAUGGCAAUGCUCCGAUUAUCUUCCGAAAUUAGUGGAAAAGCGACGGAACAACCAUGUCCACAAGAAAGAUGGUUCACAUUUCUUUAGGUGUAAAUAAAUGUAUAUUAAGACUUUAUUCAGCAGAUACUGAUUUUACACUAGUUAAACUAGUCCUUUUUCAUCCAAAUGAAUAGAUUACUGUGAACUUGUUACCCUUUAUGAAUGAAAGAAAUGGAUGGUAGUUAUACUGGAA